AUGGGCAGCCGGCUCGAGAAAAACUCCGAGGCCGUGCGGAAGCGCAUCGCCAACCACGAGUUCCACGAUGAGGACGGCGACGAGUACGCGGCCAGCUCGUUUGGCGGCUUCGGCGAGUACUUUGAAAAGAAACAGCUGAAACUGCAGAAUCUGGACGCCGAACUGCGCGCUACCCGGGGGGACACACCGCAGAUCUUUAAGGGGGUUGUGGCUCAUGUCACUGGCUACACCCAGCCGCCUCUGCACGUGUACGUUGACCUCGUCCUCCACGGCGCCGCCUUCCUCCAGUAUCUCGGCGGCAAAACCAUGGCAACGCACAUCAUCGCAUCAGCCAUGCCGCCGCGCAAGACAGUCGACUUCGCCCGGUACCGCGUCGUCAAGCCGGCGUGGGUGACCGACUCGAUCCGCGCAGGCAAACUGCUGCCGUGGUCGGACUACCGCGUGCUGGACGACGGCCCGCGGCAAAAGACGAUCCGAUUUGAGGGUGGGAGGUUGUUAAGUCAGGCUGGUGGUGGUAUAGGCGGUACGCAGCAGCCGUCGCCACGGGGGUAUCGCGAGCAGACGCAGAAUAGCUUUUAUACGAGCCAGUUUUCUCAGGGCGGGCAGGGCCAGGGACGGGGACAGAAAGCGGGUGGGAGGUUGGGCGGGCAGGGGUCGAGUAGUCCGUUUCAACCGACGCCGUCGAGGAAAGGGGCGUCGGUGGAGUUGGAGGGGAUUGAGGAUUUUGAUGAUCUGGAUGUGGAUAUGCUGCUGGAAGAUCCUAUUCUGGCGGAGGAAGGCCUCGCGAAAGAGGUCCUCGCGGAGAAGCAGCCGAGUGUUCCUCCGGUCGACGCACAGCUUCCAGAUUCAGGCCCAACAUCCCCCCCACCAGACCAGGCUCAGCCAGAAGAGACUGGAGACACACCUCAACCACCGGAGAAAUCGAUGGCGGCGGAGAAACCAAUGACAUCGGAAGAGCACAACGCCCUCCUCCUCCAAGACCCCAAGAUCCGCAAAUCCUCAACAGCCAACCCCGAUUUCCUCAAACAAUACUAUUCCGAAAGCCGACUCCACCACCUCUCAACCUGGAAAGCCCAGCUAAAAGCCCGCCUAAUGAACAUGGCCGCCGAGCGCGGCCCCGCCCCAACAAAAACCAAGCGCAAGCCCGGCACCCGCCGAUACAUCAUGCACGUCGACUUCGACAGCUUCUUCUGUGCGGUCUCCCUCAACCAGCACGCGCCCGACGCCCGCGACAAGCCUGCGGUAGUGGCGCACAGCAGCGGCAGCGGGUCGGAGAUCGCUUCGUGCAACUACCCGGCCCGGGCGUUUGGGGUGAAGAAUGGCAUGUGGAUGAGGCGGGCCAAGGAGCUGUGUCCAGACCUAAAAGUGGUGCCGUAUGAUUUCCCGGCGUAUGAGGAGGCUAGUCGGCAGUUUUACGAUGCUAUUCUCGGAGUGGGGGGUGUGGUGCAGAGUGUUAGUAUAGAUGAGGCGUUGGUUGAUGUUACGGAUAUUGUGCUCAAUACCACAGGCUCCGAGGGUGUGGGGGUUUCGGAGGGGAGUAUGUACCGGGAACAGGCGAAAGUGGACGAGAUUGCGACUAGUCUCCGGGCGGAGAUCAAGAAGCGGACGGACUGCCACGUCUCGGUCGGCAUAGGCGGGAAUAUAUUACUCGCCAAGGUGGCGCUGCGCAAGGCCAAACCGGCUGGUCAGCACCAGAUCCGGCCCGAGGAGGUACUCGACGUGCUAGCCGACCUGAAAGUCGAGAGUCUCCCGGGGGUCGCCUACAGCAUCGGGGGUAAACUCGAAGAGGUCGGCAUCAAGUUGGUCCGGGACCUGCGGGAGACGUCCAAGGAGCGGCUGACGACGCUGCUCGGGCCCAAGACGGGCGAGAAGCUGUGGGAGCACGCGCGCGGGAUCGACCGCGCCGAGGUCGGCGAGCAGCCCAUGCGCAAGUCGGUAUCGGCGGACGUGAACUGGGGCAUCCGGUUCAUCAGCCAGGACGAGGCCGAGGAGUUUGUGCGCAAUCUCUGUAAGGAACUCGAGCGCCGGUUGCUGGGGGAGUAUGUCAAGGGGAAGAAUAUGAGUAUGAAGAUCAUGCGGCGGUCGCUGGACGCGCCGCUGGACCCGGCGAAGCAUUUGGGUCAUGGGCAGUGUGAUACCUUUACCAAGAGCGUCGCGUUUGGCGUGGCUACUAACGACAGCGCGGUGCUGGGGAAAGAGGCCGUGGCUAUUCUACGAUCGUACAAGUUUAGUCCUGGGGAUCUGCGCGGGCUCGGCGUGCAGAUGACCAAGCUGGAGCCCAUCAAGGCGUCGGCUGCGCCCGAGGGCAGCCAGCGAAAGCUCAACUUUGGCGUGCCGCCGCCCGCGAAGCGGCUCAAGACGGAGGCCGUGGACGGCGUUGCUUCUGUCGUCAAACCGUCAAGUCGCCGCUCGUCCGGGCAAGAAGUCGAGGAAGACCCCAUCUCGGUCGAUCCCCUGACACCGAGAAAACACAAAGUACACCCGGCUCUCGCGCUCGCCAAAGCCAACGCGGCCGACGAGAAGGCCAACUCACCCCUCAACCUCACCGGCACGCAGUUCGUCCUCCCAUCCAACGCCGACCCGGCCGUGCUGGCCGAGCUUCCCGACGACAUCCGCACCAAACUCAUGCGCCAAGCCAAACGCCCGCCCUCGGCCCCCUCCCGCAGCGCUUCCCCGGCUGUUCCGCCCCGGCCUGACAGUCCUGCCGCGACAGAUGAGAUCCCGCCAGACGUCGACCCGGAAGUGUUCCACGCCCUGCCCGAGGAUAUGAAAGCCGAGGUUCUGGCGUCUUACGGCCACCGGAAACGGCCGAGCACAACAAGCGCCGUGCACCAGUCGCCGCGCAAGGACAGCAUCAUCCACCGGCCGCGGGACCGAGGCACGCCGCCGAGGAGGGGGGGUGGUAAAUCGCUGCUGAGUCGGGGGCGUGGGCGUGAGCGCCAACAGGAUGCGGAGGCGGGUCUUAUGCAGACUAGUCUUGCGCCUGUUCGGCCUGCGGUAUCUAACCCGGGAAAUGGCAACGGUAGUGACGCUGCCAGCGGGCCAGACGACGGCUCAAUACCAGACCUCGACCCGGCCUUUCUCGCCGAACUCCCCGAGGACGUCCGCGCCGAAGUUAUCGAGGACCACCGCCGACGUAAACUCGCGGCCCAACGACGCAGUCUCAAACUUCACGCCCCAGCCCGUACCACCACCACCAGCAUACGCACAAACACAAACACAGGCCCAAGCACAAGCGGUACAAGUACCAUCCCCCGCAUAAAAUUCCCCCCCAAACCCCCCCAACUCCCCUUCGCCCACUCCACCCAAACCUCCCUCCCCGAAAUCAAAGAAACCAUCGCCGUCUGGCACGAAGCCACGCGCGAUGAAGGUCCGCAUGCGGCAGAUGUCGAGGUUUUCGCGCGGUAUCUGCAGCGGGUGGUCAAGGAGGAGAGGGAUAUGGAGAAGGCGGGGGUGUUGGUGAAGUGGUUGAGGUGGGUUGUGGAGGAGGGCCCGGAGGGAGAGGGGAAGGAGGCUUGGAGGGGGGUUUUGAGGGGGUUGGAGGGGGGGGUUGAGGGGGCUAUGGAAGAGAGGGGGUGA